GACACACAUAGCAACACUGAGAGCACACACACACACACACAUGCAGAUAACGGGCUGCAAGCUUUUGCAGACACAAACACAGCUGCGAGUGUUGCCUCUCUGCCUGAUACAGAGACACACUCGCUGGACAAUGUUAACACGCACACACAUUUGGAAUCCUCUGCUUUUCGCAAUGAAGUACCUGCUUUGAAAUCUUUUGCGGCUGUGUGGAGUCUUGAAAGUGCAGAAAAUGAGUGUGUGGACAGUAACAUUUUGACUGAACCAUCUUUGGAGAAAAGGGUUGAGGAGGUGGUUCCGACUUAUGCUCACUUAAGAUCUGAAGCAUAUAGGGCUUUUCCAACUCUGGAACUGGUGGUUGAUGGACACAGAAUAUCCUUUAUGGUUGAUUCUGGAGCAACAUCAUCAGUAAUCAGAGCAGAGGAGUUUGAAAUUCCUCCACGGCUCAGUGGGAGCCAUGUUUUCUCAUUGUCUGCCUCGGGUCAGGUGACAAAAGAGCAGUUUACAAAACCCCUCACCUGCGUAACUCCGGAGGGGAGUUCUUUCAAACACAGUUUUCUGCUAUCGUCUCUGUGCCCUGUGAAUCUGCUGGGAAGAGAUUUGAUGAUUGAGUUGGGAAUCGUGCUGAUCUCCACACCAGAAGGUGUUCUGGUGAGCACCGGAGAUCGGACAGUGGUCAGUGCUGUGAAAUACAGCCCGCAAAACUUGCUUUAUGCUUACGAGUGGAAAUUUCAGAACUCCCUGUUUAGCGGGCAGCUGAUGGAGGAAGUCAAACAGCUUGUGAAUCCUCUCUCAGAGACUAAGAGCUCCACUGAUCUGAGCUGCACAGCACACACGUCACGGGGCCCAGAUGCAGACUUUGAGGAGGCGUGGUUCAGGGUGUCAUCUGAGAAACUAACCUUUUCCACACUGUAUUGGAGUUCCCAAUACGCUGCGCUUGCGAUCAAUUUGCUACCUCAACAGCUAGCAUUUUUCAGAGAAAAUGGAAUUCCACACAUUCCAUUAACAAAGCCCGUUAAAGGGGAAUGGAGUGAAUUAACAAAUUUUGUCUCACAAUGUCAAACGAUUUGUGAUUGGACUGUGGUACCACAACAUCCUAACAUUCUGUUUUCACAGAGACUAUCUGCUUACAAAAGGCCUUUCACCGGUACUGUUCACUGUCAAAGAACAGUUCAUUUGGUUCCAGAAAAUGAAACAUUCCUUUCUCAUGGUCUGUUUCCAGAAGUUGACGUCACUUCACAUCCUCUGCUGUCCCAGGUUCCUUCUGAACUGUGGGCAAAGAAUAAAUAUGAUGUUGGUCUCAUCAAAGGGUGUGAACCAGUCAUCGUAACCCCUAAAUCAGAUUACAGACCCUGUCAGAAACAGUACCCUCUGAAACAGGAAGCAGUUGAGGGCAUCAGACCUGUUUUCGAAUCCCUUCUAAAAGAAGGGGUGAUCAUUGAAUGUCCAAAUUCACCCGUGAGCUCGCCUUUAUUCCCUGUGAAAAAGGUGAGAGACCAGGGCAAGCCAGUUGAGUGGAGAUUCAUCCUAGAUUUGCAGAGGGUGAAUUCAGCUGUAAUUGGUCGAACGCCCGUACUACCGAACCCUACCACGAUCUUGUCGCAGAUUCCUAUGGAUGCUGCGUUUUUCUCUGUCGUUGACUUGUCCAACGCCUUUUUCAGUGUGCCAGUCCAUAAGGACUCGCAGUACUGGUUUGGUUUCCAAUUCGAAGGGAAACUUUACACUUUCACGCGUUUGGUCCAAGGCUACACAGAGAGCCCGACUAUCUUCAAUGCAGCUCUGAAGGCUAGUCUGGACUCUCUGCAGCUGCGUCCAGGUACAACGCUGGUCCAGUAUGUCGACGACAUUCUUCUCUGUAGUCCCACAAAACAGCAAUGUGAGGAGGACACAGUUGCUCUUUUGAAGCACCUCCAUUCUGAGGGACACAAAGCCUCUCUAUCUAAGCUGCAGUUUGUGCAGCCUCAAGUGACCUUUUUGGGUCACCACAUCUCUUCAGAGGGCAGGACUCUAUCACCUAAGCGUGUGGCUGCAGUUCAAAACAUCCCUAAGCCUGUCACGAAGAAGCAGCUUCUGUCUUUCUUGGGAAUAACAUCUUACUGCAGAAACUUUGUUCCAAACUACUCAGUGCUGGAAGCUCCUCUGAGUGCCAUCAUGCAUGGUAAAGAUCUUCAACCUGCUGAUAAGCUUACUUGGACAUCUGAAGCCGAGUCUGCUUUUUCUCAGCUUAAAUUAGCUUUACAGCAGGCCCCUACCUUGGGUCUUCCGGACCCU